AUGUACAACAUCAACCCAACAAACCUCCAAAACUUCGUCAAGCAAAUCCUCAUCGCAAACAAGACAUCACCAGCACACGCCGAAAUAGUCUCCAAAUGCCUCGUAUCAGCCGAUCUCCGAGGCGUAGACACCCACGGCAGCAACCGAAUCCCCUCAUACAUGGAGCGGAUCCGACAAAAAGCACUUGACCCAAGUGCCGUCCCAACAAUCCGACAAGUGACGCCCGCCGUUGCACAAGUCGACGCGCACAACGGGUUCGGUUUCGUAGCUGCACACGAAGGAAUGAAGCUCGCCAUCUCGAUGGCCCAGAACUUCGGCAUUGGGAUGGUCUCCGUCAAGCACUCGAAUCACUUCGGCAUGUCUGCGUGGCUGGUGCAGCAGGCCCUUGAGGCUGAUAUGAUGUCUCUUGUGUUUACGAAUAGCUCGCCUGCGCUCCCGGUCUGGGGAGGGAAAGAGAAGCUAAUGGGUGUAUCGCCGAUUGCAUGUGGAGCGCCGGCGGGAGAUGGGAGGCCGUUUAUCUUGGAUAUGGCCCCUUCCAUUGCCGCCCGCGGGAAGAUUUAUAAGGCACUUCGUCGCGGGGAGAAUAUUCCUACGGAUUGGGCGCUUGAUAAGGAUGGGGCCAGGACGGAUGAUCCUGCUGAGGCCUUGCAGGGUGUUAUGCUGCCUAUGGGUGGGCCGAAGGGGUCUGCGCUGUCUAUUAUGAUGGAUGUUUUCUCUGGUGUGCUUUCUGGGUCUGCUUUUGCUGGACAUGUUACCAACCCAUAUGAUCCCUCGAAGCCAGCUGAUGUCGGGCAUUUUUUGGUGGCUAUUAAGCCGGAUUUGUUUAUGACUAUCGAGGAGUUUAAGGGGAGGAUGGAUUAUCUUUAUCAGCGGGUUGUUGAUUCAGAAAAGAUGGCUGGUGUGGAUCGAAUUUAUUUCCCUGGGGAGAUCGAGAUGAUUACUGAGGAGAAACGCUUGUCGGAGGGCAUUCCUUUUGCUACGGCUGAGAUUGACAGCUUGAAUAAAGAGGCUGACCUAGUAAAGGUCGAGCAUUUGAAAAUAUAG